AAACAUUAGUAAAGUUCUGAUAAUGGUAUCGAAGGAUAUUACCGCUGAGAAUGCUACAGAGAUUGCAGAAAAAAUUAAAGGAAUAGGUCCUCGAGUGGGCGUGCGACACUUGCAAAGCUUCCUUUUAUUCCUUGGUUUCGCUGUAGUGUAUAUGCAACGAACCAAUCUCUCAGUGGCCAUUGUGGCAAUGAUGGAUCGGAAUUCAACAAACCCAGAUUUUCCGGAGUACGACUGGUCGGAGCAAACCAAGUCACUGGUAAUAAGUAGCUACUUUUGGGGUUACUUCCUCAUGCAGAUACCAGGCGGUCAGUUGACGCAGCGAUUCGGCGGCAAAGUAAUGUUGCUCUUCAGUGUUGGUAUUGGUGGCUUUCUCACCAUAUUUACACAAUUGGGCGAUUGGCAAUUCAUUUGCGCAUUGCGAUUUCUGCAAGGCUUCUGUCAAGCUGCCGUAUAUCCUUCGGUGCAAAUUAUUUUAGCCCGAUGGGCCCCACCAGCCGAACGCAGUAUACUUGUAGCACUAUGCUUUUCCGGCAUGCAAUUUGGCACAGUCAUAAUAAUGAGCAUUAGUGGCAUAUUAGCCACUUCAAAGUUAGGAUGGCCGAGCAUUUUCUAUGUUUCCGGCGGUUGUGGUAUUAUCUGGUCGCUUGUGUGGCUAAUGUGGGGCGCUGAUUCUCCGCGUCAAUCCAAAUUAAUAUCAUCAAAGGAGCGAAAUUACAUUGAAUCAGCAUUAGGAGCGAUUUCAAAGAGUGAGAAUAGUACCAUCUCAGCGAACUUGCCCACACCUUGGUUGAGCAUAUUCACAUCCGUGCCAUUUUGGGUGCUACUCAUUACGCAUUGUGCCUACAAUUGGGGCUAUUGGAUAUUGCUGACACAAAUACCCUCGUACAUAAAGAAUGUGUUCGACAAAGAUAUCCAAAGUAAUGCCUUGUUCUCCGCCCUGCCAUAUACCGCUAAUCUAGUAUUCGGUCUGUGUUUCUGUGCCCUCGGUCAGCUAUUGCUGUCAAAGAAAGUGUUGAGCACGAACGCUAGCCGUAAGAUCUUCAACACGGUUGGCAUGUGGAUACCGAUGGCGGCCACAAUUCCGAUGGGGUUUGUUGAUGCCGAUAGUUCUGAUUUGGCCGUUAUCUUACUAACGUUGUCUGUGGGCUUCAAUUCAGCUGUAUUAAUGGGUUUUUAUAUGAAUUUCAUUGAGUUAUCACCAAAUUUUGUCGGAACAUUGCAGGGUAUUAUAAGUUUUGGAGCUACUUUGAUGAGUAUAAUUGGCCCGUUAGUUGUUGGCGUCAUUGUGACAGACACGACAAACCAAAAUCAGUGGCGCAUGAUAUUUUACACUAUGAUAUUUUCCUAUUUUAUUGGCAAUUUACUGUUUAUAACUCUGGGUAGCACUAAAGUGCAGCCCUGGAAUGAGCCGGUGAAACGAAACGUAAAUCGUGAGCAAUUCAAAUAUCAAGCAGCACUGCAGCCUAUCUAAUCUAAACUUGUAUUUAAAUAGGUGUUCAACAAACUGGUGAAUGACGAAAGCAUCUAAAAUAUAUUAAGCAAAAAAAGCGGGAAU